CCCCUGUAAGGGAGCGAGGCUCGGGGGACGCCGGCCUGUCUCGGGCACACGUGACCUCCCACGUGACGGACGGCGGCGGGCGGGGAAGAGGGAGGCCUGCGGCCGGUGAUGGGUGGAGAGGUCCUGCCUGGGCCAGUGGGCAGUUGGGGAUAUCUGGAUGGUCAGAGGAGGGCCUGCUGAGACAGAGUCCUGUCCGUGCUCGGGGGGGCCUCUGGGGACAUGAGGUGGGCGUGUAUCUGUUUCCUCUGUCCCCUGGGCCUGCUGGUCUUGCUCUCGGCAGCCACCAGUCCUCCCAACAUCCUGUUAAUCUUUGCGGAUGACCUGGGGUUUGGAGAUUUGGGAAGCUAUGGGCACCCCACCUCAGCCACGCCCAACCUGGACAAGAUGGCUGCCAGCGGCCUGAGAUUCACCGACUUCUAUGCCAGCUGCCCGAUCUGCAGCCCCUCACGGGCGGCCCUGCUGACGGGCCGGUACCAGACACGCUCUGGGGUUUACCCCGGCGUGUUCUACCCUGGCUCCCGGGGAGGCCUCCCACUGUCCGAGGUCACCAUCGCGGAAGUGCUGAAGGCUCGGGGCUACGCCACAGCCAUGGUCGGCAAAUGGCACCUGGGACUGGGGGCCAAUGGCUCCUUCCUGCCCAUACACCAGGGCUUUGACCACUUCCUGGGGGUGCCCUACUCCCACGACCAGGGCCCCUGCCAGAAUCUCACCUGCUUCCCCCCAGACACCAAGUGCUUUGGGACGUGCGACCAGGGCAUGGUGCCCGUCCCGCUGUUCCUAAACCAGAGCAUCCUGCAGCAGCCGCUCGCCUUCCCCCAGCUGGUGUCACGCUACAACAAGUUCUCUCGCGACUUCAUUGCCGACUGCGCCCGCCGGGGCCGCCCCUUCUUGCUCUACUACGCCUCCCAUCACACCCACUACCCCCAGUUUGGGAGCCAGGAGUACGUGGGCCAGUCGCUGCGGGGUCCUUUUGGGGAUGCCCUCAUGGAGUUUGACGGCUCAGUGGGGCUCCUGCUCCAGGCACUGCAGGAGAACGGGCUGGAGGGGAACACGCUGGUCUUCUUCACUGCGGACAAUGGCCCCGAGACCAUGCGAAUGGCCCGUGGGGGCAGCUCGGGCCUCCUGAAGUGCGGAAAGGGAACAACGUACGAGGGCGGGAUGCGGGAGCCUGCGGUGGCUUAUUGGCCGGGCCGGAUCUCCCCGGGCGUGACCCACGAGAUGGCCAGCACUCUGGACGUCCUGCCAACCCUGGCUGCCCUGGCCGGGGUGCCUCUCCCCAGUGUCCCAUUGGACGGCUACGACCUGAGCCCGGUGCUGUUUGGAGGGGGGAAGAGUCCACGGCAGAUGAUGAUCUAUUACCCGUCCAGCCCCAGCGACCUGCUUGGUGUCUUUGCCAUCAGAUACGGGAAGCACAAGGCCCAUUUCUUCACAGAAGGUUCUUUCCACAGCGGGAUGACCCCUGACCCGGACUGCCAUGGGCUAGCGCCCCUGACGCCCCAUGAGCCCCCACUACUCUUUGAUCUGGAGGCUGACCCUGCAGAGAACUAUAACCUGCUGGAGGGCAGUGCCGUGGGGCCGGAGGUGCUGCGGGUGCUGAAGGAGAUCGAGCAGCACAAGGUGCUCUUUGACCAGCAGAUGGAGUUUGGGGAAAGCCAGAUAAGGAAGGGCACCGACCCUGCCCUCCAGCCCUGCUGCGCCCCCCACUGCACCCCCAAGCCUUCCUGUUGCCGCUGCCCCUAACCUCCCUGCUGCAUUGCACCCUCUAACUCUCCCCUUGCCACUGCUUGGAACCCCCUGCUCUUCGAAAGCCUCCUGCCGCUGUGCCAAUCCCUCUGCUACCACUCUCAAGUCCCCAUGCCGGCCUCCCAGCUGCUCUCCCCAAACCUGCCUGCAGCUGGGCUCGCUGCGUUGGGCUGCUUCCCUGGCCGGUGGAGCUGCCCCCAGACUCCCGCCCCCGAGACCUGAUGCUGAGGUCCCUAGGUGCUGGCUGCAUGGGAGCGUGGGGUGAGCUGCUAGGAGGGGAAGGGGCACUCCAGUGCGGGAGGUAUUUUAUCUCUGCACUGGGAGUCUUCGGCCAUUUGACUCAAACCUCAGCUCUCCCCAGGGACGCACUGAGCCCUCUGGAGUCCACUGGGCUCUGGAACAAAGCAAAGGGCAUGCCCUCAGAAUCUAGCACUCCAGUGCAGCCAGCAGGGGCCCCGGCGGUACCAUCCUGCUGGAGCGGGAAGGCCAGGGAGCGGAGCGUGGCUGUCUCUGGGAAGGCUGGCUGUAGUCCCUGUGCCCUGGCACAGCAGUGAGGACCAAGGCCAUAUCAAUACUGGCGCAGAGGUGGAGUGUGUGGUGCGAGGCCAGGAUCAGGGCCAGCAGCAGCAGACAGAGUGCUUGUCCCUGAGCGUGUGGAUAGUGGACUGACAGGUGACUGCAGUCAGGAGAGAAGCUGUGCAGAGCUCCGGGCAGGUCCCUUCACCUGCAUGGAUGCAGCCAGCCAUGACUCUGGGAGUAGACUUGUUCUUGUUUAAAGGGUGACAUAAGGAGAAAUGAGGCCAUGGAGUGGCUGCCCUCCAGGCUCAGCCGGUGUUUGCAGUCUGUGGGUAGGUGUGACUAGGGCUGUGUGCACCGGCAGGCCAAGGAGCCAGGGUCCCCAACCCAGAGUUCAUGCUGAGAAGCCCUAGUCCUGAGCCCUCUUGGCAGUGCUCCCGCCCCGGGAGUGAGAGCUGUGAGAUGAGCAGUGGCGUAGGGCGGCUGCUUGGGAUACUUAGCCUACCUCCUCCCCCUGGGUAAGAGCAUAUGACACUGGCGUGCCCAGACUGGCAUGUUACCCUUCUGGCUUUACCAGCUUCUCAGUGCUUUGCUGGGGGGGUGGGGACGCGGCAGUCAUGUGUGGUCACUGCUGAGCUAAGCUAGCUGAUUGUCAUUUCCUACAGGACAUUUGUACAGGAAAUAUUCUGAGAUGUAAAAUGUCAAAUAUUGUGUUCCACAACUACUGGGGCAGAAGCACAUCCCCUGUGGUGGGAUGGGUCUUGGUAAACUCAAGAGUGAGACCAACCAAUGCUUUCUGACCCAGCUCAGACCUGUGUUUACAGUCUGGACAGGAUCCAGGGUUUAGCACUGACAAAGAAAAAAGAACCCCAAGGAGAGAGACUGCCAUGGGGACCCUCAGGACUGAGCUGCAGAUAAUGAGGAGAGACCAAGUCUGGGGGUGUAUAUGAGAAGAAGAAAGGGCACAAGAUGUUAUCCAUUACAGAGGGCACUCUGCCAUGGGAAUGUCUCCUGAAAAGUAGGUCCCUGCGCUCUGGACUGGAGAAGCGUUGGACACACUGAACACUGGAUGACAAACACCUUCUUAGACAGGAAAGGGACUUGUUAAUAAAUACAGGUUCUAGAUUACGUUUUAUGUUUUUCUUUUACCUGUAACCUCAUGUUUCCAAACCCUUUUCCUUGCUUUUAUUUUAAUCUGUAACUCGAGCUCUGUUAAAUAAACUGAAAUCUGGUUUUACUGUA